UUAUUUUGAAAGGCAGAUUAUCGGCACUGGUGCUAAACAAAACAAGCAUGUUGGAAAGUCUUAAAUGGGCUGAUUUGUAGCUCAGCACCGUAGUUUCCGCAGACGUAGCUGCUGCUGACAGGCUGGGUAACUUCAGUAAACAGAGAUUUAACCGGAGAGCUGAAGAUUAAAGCGUAACCCACAUUCACACUGCUGAUGGCCAACACAGACUUCCAUCUGCAGUUUCAAGAUUUUGGAGAUGAUGCAGAUUUAAUGGGCAGUAGUACCGGAACUACCAGAAUCACCAUUGAUGACCACACCACCAAACCUCAAAAGCAGCGGAGAGUUGCAGGAGUUGUGGAGGAGGACGAGACUGAUCCACUGGAGAGUGAUGACACAGAUAAGCUUCUUUCUGGUCAAAAGAAAAACGCUCCCUUCUGGACGUUUGAGUACUAUCAGACAUUUUUUGAUGUGGACACUAGCCAGGUGAAGGACAGAAUCAUUGGCUCAGUCGUGCCAUGGCCCGGGAAAAACUUUGUUCGCUUCUAUAUCAGGAACAACCCUGACCUCUAUGGACCUUUCUGGAUCUGUGCCACGCUCGUCUUCGCCGUCGCCAUCAGUGGAAACAUCUGCAGCUUCCUGGUGAACUAUGGUCAGCCUCAGUACAAAUACGUACCCGAGUUCAGGAAAGUGACCAUCGCAGCCACAGCGAUCUACAGCUACGCCUGGUUUGUUCCGCUGGCUGUGUGGGGAUUUCUGACGUGGAGGAACAGUAAAAUCUCACGAACAGUGUCCUACUCUUUCCUGGAGAUCGUGUGUGUGUACGGUUACUCGCUCUCCAUCUACAUUCCUGCUGUGGUUCUGUGGAUCAUACCGAGUGAACCGCUGAGAUGGUGCUCCAUCAUUUUGGCUCUCUGCCUGUCUGGAUCUGUGCUGAUUCUGACGUUUUGGCCGGCAAUCCGGGACGACCACCCACGCAUCGUUAUAGCGGUCACUUCAGCCAUUGCAGUGCUUCACGUUUUGCUUGCUGUUGGUUGCAAGGCCUAUUUUUUCAGCACCUACGAGGCUUUGACAACUGAAAAUGCUCCAGGACCAGCGAGUGUUACGAAGGGCUUUUUAACCACCAAGGCACACUAAGCUCCGGCUUUAGGAUCUCUUGUUGCCUUAUUGGUCAGAAUCAAGUUUCCUGCUCAUGAGGUCACGGCUCGUCUGGAUUUCACCAGAUUAGCGGCCCGUGUGUUCAGCUGUGAGUUUAUCACUGGCACCUCUGUGGUUCGUGCCUGGCAUCUUCGUCCACCUGACCUAUAGAAUGUAGAAUAUGCUUCUGAUCUGCUUUUAAAAAAUAAAUUGUAAGUGUACUGUUACGGAGUAGACUCUGGUAAGGGAUAUAGAACACUGUAUAUAGCGGGGUUUGAAAUAUUUAUGCUAUAAUUGAACCUGAGAUGUCCACCAAACGGGCCAUUCUUCUGUUUCAGCCAUUUGUGACCUGUACAUACACUAAAGGACAUUGUGACUCUGUUGGCCAACUUAUAGUACUUAGCACUUGUUUAUGGUGAGGGUAACUGUCCGAGUGCCAAAGUUCACAUUUUAAACUUUUAGUAUAUUCAUACUAAUCUGAGUUGCUGUCAAGUUCUGUAUCAUAAUUCUUUAUUUCGGGAGGCUGAUAGAGCUUAACAAUAUGUGCCUUUACUGAAGACGCAUGUACAUACUAACAGAAAUGUUAAUUAAAGCUUUGUAAAGGUUUUCUCUACUUUUUAAUAAACAAUUACUAAAUCGUA